AUGUUGCCAUCCGACUACGGCUCGGCGCAGCGUCGUGCUCCAGAGUCAAACACCGCCGUGCCAUCAGUUUCCAACUCUGCGGAAUCGUCCAAGGCUUUCAAAGGUGCCGAGAAGGCUAUCGUGAAGCGUAGCAUCAACUUUGAUGCCGAGACUUCGUCUGGUCGUGAUCCUCUUCCCGGACUCUCAAGCGCCCGCGAGACUGCCGAAACCUCCAAGCGCAGAUGCGCAGUUUCCGGCAACGCUCAACAGCAGACCGCUCGCCAGGACAUCCGCAGUGAAUUUGUGAGAGCCUUGUUCAAUCCAGUGUCUUCAGACACCACCAGCGGUCAGACCCAAACUAUGGGAAACAUGAGCAGGCCUUUCCUUGCCAUGGCUACAACUUUUGGUCCCAGUGCUUCCUACAGCUUCCCUAGCUCCAUUGGUGCCAGUGCCAACAGUUCUGUUCAUCAAAACGCUCCUCACAAUGCGCUGACCGGUCCAUACGGCCCUCCCAACAAUUCAGACAAGCAUGCAAGCUCGGGCCCUACUGCCGUCCCGAGAGAUACCUCUCACGGCACCGGUGCGUUCGGCAUUCCCUUCACGCCUCAGCAUACUGGGUUCCAUAUCCCAGGCCUCGGCGCUCCUCUCAGGUCGGUUGAUCCCGAUGACAGCAAGAAGGCUGAAGUCACUUCUCCAGGUGUAGCUCGCCCGCGUCAACCUGGACCUCACACUCGUACUGCUACUGGUCCCCAAAGCGUCCUCAGUCCUGUCCUGGAAAGUGCUCCCGAGUCCUGUUCCAACCCUACUGCUCAGUUCCAGUACAAGAGCAACCCUCCCAUGGUGUCCCACGGUCCAGCCGGUACCAACAGAAAGCCUAGCCCAGCCAAGCAGAACUCGUCAAACGCUCCUGUAUCGACUCCGUCCAAGGCGACUCUCACUCCCAAGCACGCAUCAGCUGAUGCUGGUGCUGCGCCAGAGGUGUCUGCUGCCGCAUGCCCUUCUGGUCUCGUCAGAAUCCCCAAGCACCUUCGUCCCUCAGGCCAUGCCGAUGUCUGGAUUGAGAGGCAGAGCUACCGUACGUUCAAACUGCAUCAAGCUGAGAACGAUGCCCGUCGUUUCGAGACAUUUGACGGAGCCUAUCAGAUCCUGAGCGGCAUCAACCCUGGUCACUACUCAAUGCCUUACGGUUCCAUGGUCGUUGCCAUCAAAUGUCCCAUCUUGGACGACAUUCUGAUAUCUCACAUAACUGGGCUUUGGGCCACCAACCAGAAUGUCAUGGGACGCAUCAUGGAGCUGCACGGAAACCGUGAAGAUAAAUCAGCGAAGACACUGUUUCUUUGGUCGAUGCCCGGAAGCAAACAUUUCUGCGGCCUCGCAGAGCUUCAAGCCUUUAAUCCCGAACCUAGAACUGAGAUCUACGACAAGGAAGCAGGAAGAAAUAUCACUAUCUUUGGUGCUUUGGUGAUCCAAUGGAUAUACUGCAAGCUGGUUCCGUUCGAGGAUGUCGUUCCCGCCGUCGAAGCUAAGAUUGACCAAGUUUCUGUCACUCAGAUGUGGAAUGGCAUGUAUUACAACGAGGCGACUGGCCGCGAAGUCGUCAAAUCGUAUGUCGAGGCACCUCAUGUUGAGAACAUGCUGGCUGCACCCACCGGAGAGUUCUUCCGUCGCGCCAUGGAGAACAGCAAAGUCGCCACAGUCCCUCCCAGCGCUCCGCGAUACCCCGCUCGUGGCGGACUUCGCUCCCAACAGCGCGGUGGUCAUGCCUCCAAUCAGAGCACUCGCGGUGGAGGCAACAACCUCGUUCGCAGAGGAAACUUCCAAAACAGCAAGGUCCAGAUCAGACCUCAGCCUGCACAUCAAUCUGCGACUAUGUCGGUUCCAGUUGUCAAGGAGGAGACUGAGGAGGCCAAACACACUACUCAGACCGACUCAACAUCGCCUGAGAACAAGCGCCACCGCGGCCAACCUCAGCUUCAGAUGAUCCCCGUACUGAAGUAUGCUGAUGGCAGCAUGACUACUGCACCGAACAUGCACGGUAGCAUCGCAUCCAUUGCUCCUCAUGGAAGCGUUGUAGCCAGUCAGAAUGUCCGCGCUCAUGAGUCCAACUCUGCGGUCCAGACAAAGAGCGUCACCCUAGACAGCUCCAACAUGCCUGCUGUCAUGCAUACACCCGUAACCAUGGGUACUAGUUUCCCUAGCCAGGGACAAAUCGCCAAUCACCUUUCUGGUUCGGUCUUCGAUGUCAGCGGUAGCGCCGGAAACCACAGCUACUCGUUCGCGAUGCCUACCCCUCGCAAGCCAUCCAUGUCCCAGCAAGCUGCUGCAUCCCAAUCAGAGGGACCCGAGUCCAGCACUCCUCGUUCACUGGCUAGUAUUGACAGAAACCGUACUGACCUCAACGCCUGGUUGUACUAUGAUAGUCCUGAGAAGACCCCUACCCAGCCCAAGACGCCCGUCAGACAGCCCAACAGCUCGCACCACUUGACUGGCAGUCCCAUGGACAUCAUCAAGCACAGAACUCCCACUCUUCGCGAUGUCCAUUCUUCUCUUGGCUCCAACCGUGUCAGUCCUCAGAGAGUCGGCGCAUACAGCUAUGGACAGCUUCCCCCAAAGAUCCGCACUCCUGAAAGCAGCCCCAUCGAGGUCAGAUUGAAGUCUGAUCAGUCUGUCCAGCCCGUCCUGCCCGCUCAACCCGUCACUCCCCGCCCUGCCGGCAGACGUGUUGCUGCCGAGCGACUGGACGAGAAUGGUAACUACAACCCCAUGUGGAUCCACAUGCUCGUCGACGACGAGUAA